AUGACAUUGUAUCCGGAAGAUAGUGGGAGCUCUCAUACUGUACAUACCUUCCACAAGCCACUUUCCACAACAAUUCCAAGUCAGACGUCAACUUUCCCCAAAACAUCCAGAUUUUUUGAUACUUCAAGCUUACCAGAUUUGAAACAUCUCGAAGUUAGCAACGAUGAACAUCACCAAGCGUUACUCAAUGGUCAAUUUUCGAAUUUCAACUACAUUCCAUUCAACAUAUCUCAACAAAAGUCAAAAACCUCGCCACCGAUAAAUUAUGACCUGAUACCAAACAAGUUCUAUAUUGUUCCAUCAACUAGCGAGGAUGCAAAUGAAAUUCCUUUAUUGCAUCUCAAUGAAGAGUUGGCUAAAAAGCCCAUGAAUUUGAUUGAUAGUCUCCUGGAAAUAGGGAGACAAUAUGGUGCAGUAAAGGUCAAGUUGCCAGCAAAACAUGAGGCUUUAUUUCAGACCUGUAAUCAAGUCAAUUCUGAUUUAUUUUGGUUCCACACUAACAAGGUAUUGAACAACCCCAGCAAAGACGAGGUUUUAGCAAGACUCAAGUUUUAUCGUGAUUUACUCGAAUUUCAUCAAAGAGAUCAACACUAUCACUUUGAGGAUUCUGAAGGGACAAAAAAGAAAGAGAAAAACGGAGCCAGUAAUUUACAAUCUCAUCUAAGCAAAUUACCUAUGAUUGACAAACGUCCCUUGGACUUAUUUAAAUUAUACCAGUCCGUAAUAGUUCGUGGUGGUUUUAUCGAAGUAAUAAAUAAAAAAUUAUGGGCUCAGAUUGGACGAGAGUUGGGCUAUAAAGGGAAGAUAAUGACUAGUUUGAGCAGCUCGUUGAAGGCUUCUUAUCAAAAAAUCUUGUAUCCGUAUGAGUUGUAUAUUGCUAAUCAGAGAACGGUUAUGGUCAAGGAAGAGCAUGUCAUAGAUACAUUACUGUCAAAUGGGAAGCGAAAUCUACAACCGUCGAAUACCUUUGACAAAAAAACGAAAAUAGGCAAUCGUUACGAUGCUCCUCUUAUAAUUGGAUCGGCGAAGCAAUUCAAACGUCAGUUCAAGACAAAAGUUGCAAAAGGGUUGUUGGCUAAUUCGCCACAUCUUAUAGACGUAAAGCAACCGAAUACUUUUGUGGUUAAGCAGAACGACAAAAAGAGGAAUAAAAAGGCAGCUGACACCGUUAAUGCAUUCAUAACUCCUCAGACUUCAUUUCAAGCAAGUUUGUCUUAUAUUCAAAACCACGAAGAUGAACCCUCUUCAACAGAAAUGCCUAAAACUGCAUCUUCUUACACUUUACGACAGUUUAUGGAAAAGGAUAUCAAAUUUCAAGAAUACGUCAUUCAACAAAAUAAAGACUCGUUUCGUUCAGAACCUGGUCAACGCGAUUGUAUAUCGUUUCAAGAGCUUGAAAAUCUUUACUGGAGAUAUGCCAGAAAUGAUUGCAUCCAACUGGUGUUUUCCAAUGGGGUUGAGCUCGAAAUGGGCAAAGAUUUACCAAGUUCUAUUCAUGGAUCCGGAUUCGUGAAGCUAGGUGAUGAUGUGUCAAAUUUCAAAAAUGCUCUCAAUAAUCACCAAUUGAGCUUAUCACACGCAAAGCAAGCGAUAAAUGCGAAAUAUCCAAACACUACCCCUCAUGGGUUUUCACAUCAAAAUCCCUGGGAAUAUAAUAAGAUCAACAGUAUAGAUCAAAUGAUUGAGUCAGCAUUGUACCCUUGGAACCUCCACAACUUUUCAACUCUACCCAAUGCAAUACUCGGGACACUAAGCGAGUCAGAUAUUGGAAACCGGGAAUUGACCGGGACGAGAGUAAAUGUUGGGAUGACAUUCAGCACUGAGAACUGGACAUGUGAGGACCACUUUACACAACUCAUCAAUUAUCAUUUUUUUGGGGCACCAAAACGAUGGUAUUUCAUACCCGAAUCAGAAUUCGAAAAGUUUGAACAAUUAGUCAAAGAUGUGAGUGAAAAUGCCUCGUCGAGGUCCAUGUUGAACCGAAAUAAACCCAUUGACGUGGAAAACUUUUGUGCGGUUAUGUUUAGGUCAAAUGGUGACGAAAUGGAAACAGAUGUGCUAAUCAAAUCAUUAGAGAACUCUGUUAACACAAAGCCGGAUGUUAAGCUACAACAUGGAAACACAGCCCUUGCGAAAUUACGUCAACACGAAAAGCUCAUCUAUAAUCAGGAUUUAAGAAUAACUCCAGAAUUGCUCAAUAAGCAUAACAUUCGAUACACAACAACGGUGCAGAACCCAGGCGAGUUUGUCAUCAAAUUCCCCAAAACUUACUCGUCAGCUCAGUCGUAUGGUUUCAACUUCACAGAGGAAACAAACUUUGCUUCAAGUUUGUGGUUGGAGCACGCGAUAGAAGGCGAGAAAUGGCUAUCAAAGCAAGGUAUAUUGCCCAACUUUCUGAUUUUCAAAUUACUCGUGACUGUGGCUACAACUUAUGACAAUGGGACAUGUAUCUCUUUCAACUCCGAAGUCUUUGCCAAAGUUGCAAAACUUUAUGAAAAGUUGUAUGUUGAUGAAAUUAAAUUGCGAGAUCAGAUCAGAAAGUUGAAAAUUAAGGAGACGAGUGUAAACGAUGAGUCCUUAUCAGACAUAACGGCGGAUGACGACUAUAGUGCCGUCUUCCCCUCGCGCGUGAUACUCACCGAAAUCAAGUCCAAGGACUCAAUGAUCGUGUCAAUGGAAAGCUUUUUGAAGUAUUCAGAUUUGCCCGAAUUUAUGGAAAAGUAUCAGGUAGAGCUACAAUUGUUUCACUCGGAUGAAAAAUUGAAAAAUUUUCAUAAAAUAUUGAGUGGGUAUUCGGUGGAUUUUGAAUCAUGGAUUCGAAACUAUCAAGAAUUGAUGGCAGGAGACGGUGAAGUUAACUUGAAACAAUAUAAGUUGCUACUCAAUGAGGGCGAUAGAAUAAAUUCUUCGAUAUUGUCUACAUCAGUUGCUGGUGAUCAGCAAUUUGAUCAGCAACGAUUGAAAUCAUUUCGGGAGUACUUGGACAAUUUGAGAUUUUUCACUUCCGGUGCAGUCCAAUUUAUCGAAGACUGUCAGAACAUUUUAUCCCUUAAGCAUCAGCAACGUAUUAGAAAUGGACAGGAAUCGUCCCAGCAGGAGCGUUCAUACUCCUUCAACGAGUUGUUGAGUAUUGUUGAAAAAAUUCCAAGUUUGAAUAUUAGUUGUCCAGAAAUUGAUCAAAUUAUAGAGCUCAAAACUGAAAUUGAGAACUUUGACAAAGCUAGUCGUACCUUAAUUUCGAAAAAGAAUAGGUCGCCACAAGAGUUUGAUGAUCUAAUAAGUCUUGGAGAGAGUUUUGGUUUGGACAUUCCGUCGUUGGACUUUAUCAUAAGAAUCAGGGAUAGAUUAAGAUGGAUCAAGACCUACAACUUGAUUGAAAAGGGAGUUGACCCUUUUGCUGAUAGAAAGGAGGUUUUUUCAAUUGCUGAUUUGAGAGAUUUCUAUAAAAAGGGUUUGGAUGUAUUAUCGGAAGGUGAUUUGGAACUUAUUAAACUGAUUGAAGAGAUAUUGAAUCACAGCGUUGUUUUCGACAAUGAAGUAAAGUUUUUUUUACUGUAUACAUAUGUGCAUGAUUUGGAUCUCGAGAAGUUGAAAUCAAUUGUUUACAGUUUUACCCAGAAAAAGUUGUUUCUUUCUAGCGACAACUACACGGAGUUGUCCAAGAUUCAUACGAAUUUGAAACUCAUCAGUUUGUUUAAUGAAAAGCAAACAGCGGACAAGAUGCCGUACCACGAGUUGAAGCAGUUGUACAAUGGAAUCAUCGACAGCGGGUUGAAGUUUGAGACGAGUAAAAUUCAAAAAGCGCUAGAGGAAGCCGAAUUGUGGGCAGAUACGGAGUGGCAAAAAUUCAACAAUAUCAAAAUCCUUACCACAAUGACUGAUAUCUCAUUUAAUGACCACAUAAACCCCAAGUUUACUCUCAAUACUAAAUUUGUUGAAAAGAUACAGUGGCUUUCGUACAAGUCUGAAUAUAGUUUGUCCAUUGAUGACAAAUUUGAAGAUUCGUCUGCAAUUCUGAGUCGCAAUGAAGAGCAAGCUGAUCCAAAGUAUUACUGCGUAUGUCGUGAAUAUGAACAUGGAACAAUGGUAGAGUGUGAAGAAUGCAGAGAAUGGUAUCACGUGCAGUGCGUCAAAGACAUUAGUAAUCACAAGGCAGAUGUUUAUAAGUGUCCUGUGUGUUUAUUAUUGAGUUCGGGCCAAGAUGAGGAUAAGUUCAUUGCGAACAAAUUAACAUUGAAUGAGGUGAUAAAGACAUACGACAGUGGUCAAUCAUUGCGAGCUGUCCCUAUCAAUGAAGUUACCCUCGUAGGUGAAUUGGCCAACUUUUUGAAAGCCUACCGUGACACCUUCAACAUUGAUGAGAUCUUAAUUGAACAAAAUGAUCAAAUUCGAUUGGAAAAGUUGACUUUUGUGUUGCGAAAAUUGUAUGGAUGUGGAUUGCAUAUUGAUGAUUUAUUUAUGAAAGUUUUGCAGCAUGCAAGGUGUACACAGAAAAGUAUAUUGAAUGGAAGCAAACAAAUUGAUGACAUACGUGUUUCCACUGUUUCUGGGGAUGAGACCGAGCCAGAGCUAGAGCAGGAAACUAACGAAGGAGCGAACUUACUUCAACAAGAAAAUUCACAAACAGCUGUGACAACUUUGAAUGAAGAGCUCACAAUUAAUCUGAAGGGCAAUGAUAAAGAAGAUUGCAACGAGGUCUCCACAGAAGAUGGGACAAUAGGCACCAAUCCUGACAAGCGGCUCAACUUUGUAUUCUACACGCCAGCAAGGAAAACUACUGAAGCCGAUACUCAAAAUGGGUACUAUAAUUCAUCCUUUAAUCAGGAUAUUUUGCAUUUGACUAAGCCAUCGUCUGCGUUGGACAAUAAAGACGAGUCAUUAAGCAACGCACUGUCGAUUGCCCCACCGCCGCAAAUCGAAGAAGAACCUAUUUCUGAGAGUUUGAUGAAGGAGCUGGUGUCACUGGAACACCAAAAGUUAAAAAUCGAGGAACAGUCAGCAUUUGCAAAGCCAGAGCGGAAUGAAAGCUUCGUUGACGACAAUGAGGGCAGGAUGAACGGUGAUUUAGAGAAUGACAAGUUGGCACAUGCCGAAGAAAGUCAAAGUGUUGCCGAGAUCAAGGAUGAUUCGGAAGGCAGGGUUCUUUCUGUAUCAACAAAUUGA